AUGUAUUUCAAUGCCAUACUGUUGAUCCUAUUGUGCCUGAGAUUAUCUGACUCAAAUAAUGUCACCAUUAGAGCAAGAACUGUUACAGCUUUCUUGGAACAAUAUGAAGCCUAUAAAGAUAUUGUUAUGAUACACUUGAAGGUACCUCAAGAUACACUAUUUGCAUCUUUCAAAUUCAAAGCUGAAGAGACACAAAUGUCUAUAUUUGGCUGUGCCAUCAGAAAUGUUUCAUUAUAUCUAAAACAUGGUGCUCCACCUGUAAUAAAUCCAGAUGGGUCACCUUUUCCAAAAACAUUCAAAAACAUAACAAGAUGUGAGAUGUUCAACUUGGAAAUGAGAACAGAUAAUAAGGAAUCCUAUAUUAAUAUCAGUUCUCCUGAGCCAGGAACUUAUUUUGCUGCCACUUUUCUAUCUUACUCAGACCCAAAAUAUAAUGCAAUUCAGCAAGAAGGAUUGAGACCCUCUUGCUAUGCCAGUGUAGAAGCAACUUUGUACACAAAUAAAGUUGAUGAUGCAUUGAUUAUAGCUGAAGGUGGUAUUAUUCAAGUAAUUCUAACAUCCACUGAAAGUAGGUAUUUCAAAUUCUUUGUUCCCAAUAUAAAUGAUCAUGGUUUAGUGAGCCUAAAAGAUAUUAAUCAUUCUGAAAAUGUGAAACAGUUGAUAUUUCGCAUGGAUUCAAAUAAACCACCUACUCCAGCAAUUCAUCAAAUAGAACACAUCAUUGAUGAGAAUGUUAAUUCCACUACUGUUCAUUUUCAAGCUAAACCAGAUAGUUGGCAUUAUAUUGAAUUGAAACUGGCUGAAAAUGUUACUUACAAGCAGGAAAGCCAUUGCAAUUUGGCCUUCACAUUGAAUCUAUUUACCAGCAAACUUGUUGAAGAAUCCAGUGAUUAUGAUUUGCUACAAAAUGAAACAUAUUUCAAUAAUUCUAUCACAAAGACAUUCCAUAAUUCUAAGAUCACUGAUUUGAGUCCUUACAAACAAUAUGACCUCCUAAGGGAAGCCAGUUCAGACAGUUUUUUAUUUUCCUAUGAGCUGAAACAAGAAUUUAAUUCCAAAAUUGCCAUUCCCAUAAACAUGACCAAUACCCACUUCUCUCUCCUGAAAUUUAAAAUUCGUGAUGGUACUGAUGUGGGAGGUACUCUACAGUUCAUCAUGGCAUUCAAGCCAAGAGUAAGAAGAAGCACUUCAAGAAUUGUUCUUGAACCAGAGCCAGAAAACCAAGUUAUAGUUGCUUGUAUUAGAAAGGGAAUUAUUGAAGUUCCUACCUGGCCAAAUAGUUGUGUUUCAAAUGGUGUAGAAAAACCUGCACAACUCAUUCUCAACAAAACUAUAGAAAAUUCAACAAUCCUCAUACCAUACCCUGAAAGUGGGAUGUGGUAUGCCACCUUCAAACUAUUCUGUGGUACUUGUGUACCUUGUAACUGUCCACAGCAUUGUCAAGAACAGUAUGAAGACUGUACAAAGGAUUGCUAUCUCAACUGUGUAAUAGAGGGUAACUGUGAACUUUGUUCAGUAAAUUGUAGUAAACAAAUAAUAGCUUCUGAUGAAUGCAAAGGCUGUAACUGUGAUGGACCCUGUUUGAAAAAUGAAAAUGUGACUUGCAAUUCCAGCAUUGUGUUUGAUAUUGGUUCCCACCCUUGUAUCUUUGGACAGUGUUCUAGAAAUGGGAGGUGCAUGUAUAUGGUCUCAGAUGGCGUUGUUUUCUCUACUUGUGUCUGCAUGAACAAAUACAGAGGUUGGGACUGUUCAGAUGAUUCUCAAGCAACUCCUUACUAUAUGGUGGUAAUUGAACUAGUGCUCUUGGUUCUCAGCAAUCUCAUGUUCCUCCCUGCUGUAUAUGUAGCAUUCAAAAGAAAAUUCUACAUAGAAGCCAUCUGCUACUUUUCCAUAUGUUUCUUCUCUACAUUUUACCACGCUUGUGACGCAGGUGAAAAUAUAAUAAGUUUCUGCUUAGUACGUUUAUCUGCAUUACAGUUCGGCGAUUUUUUUUGUGCUCUCUUGGCGAUAUGGGUAACUUUGAUUGCUAUCGCCGACCUAUCGGAAAUGAGAAGGUCAGUUUUCCAUAUGGUUGGAGCGAUUAUUUUAGCGUUCUGCACAACGAUCAAUAAGACUGCCUUGUGGAUAUUCACUCUUCCUGUUUGUAGUGGCCUUUUCAUCAUUUCCAUUAGCUGGUAUUUGAAGUAUCGAACGGUAAAAUCCAGGUUUGCAAAUAGAAGAUAUCUGUAUUAUAAUAUUCCAAUUGGGGCAGGAAUUGUCACUGUAGGGUUGGUAAUGUAUGCAUUUUUGCAAACCAAAGAUAACUAUAAAUAUUUGCAUAGCAUCUGGCACAUGAUAAUGGCUGUAGCUCUAGUUGUAGUUUUACCAAAACCAAAUACAUUCCUACCCGAAGUGUUACUUUAG